UUAUUUAUAAUUAAAUAAAAAAACAUAAAAAGUACUGUUUGAAAUGCUCUGAGAUUAAUAGUAUAAUUAUAAAUAUCUCACACUAUUCUAAAAUAUCUCACUCCCAAUCAUUGAGAAAAAAAAGAAGUAAAAUUGGCAUACGUUAGUACAUGAUAUACUUUAAUUUAAUCUUACACUGAAAGAGAAAAAAAAUCUAAAACACCAAAACCAAAAGAUGCCUUUGCAUAUUUUAUUAUAAAUAGGGGCUUGAAGUGAAGGGCAAGGCAGCGAAAGAGAAAAAGAAAAAUAUAGAAAAAGAACAGUAAGCAAUGGCAACUCAAGGUGCCUUUCUUCUGUGUUGCCUAGUGAUGAUCGGUGGGUUUCUGGGUAACACCUCUGCCACAAAACCAGGUCAUUACACAAUGCCAUUCAAUAGGAGUAGUUAUCCUUCUGGUUUCAUCUUUGGAGCUGGUUCUGCUGCUUACCAGUCUGAAGGAGCUGGCCACAUAGAUGGCAAGGGACCGAGUAUUUGGGAUAACUUUACAAAGCAGCAUCUCGAAUUUAUUGAAGGCCAUAAUGAAAGAGUUAUAUUUGGGUACUUCUGGGUAACCCAAAAUGGUGGUUUUGCAGAGAAAAUUUGGGACCACAGCACUGGAGAUGUAGCUGAUGACUUUUAUCACCGUUACAAGGAGGACAUUCACUUGAUGAAAAAAAUUGGAUUUGACUCCUUUAAAUUCUCCAUCUCAUGGUCUAGAAUACUGCCCAAGGGAAAAGUCAGUGGAGGAGUGAAUCCAAAAGGAGUCAAAUUCUACAACGAUCUCAUUAAUGAGCUUAUUGCCAAUGGUCUAACACCAUUUGUAACAUUGUUCCAUUGGGAUCUCCCACAAGCACUUGAAGAUGAAUAUAAUGGGUUUUUGAGCCCUAAAGUAGUAAAUGAUUUUCGAGAUUAUGCCAAUUUUUGUUUCAAAACAUUUGGUGACCGAGUCAAGCAUUGGUGCACAUUGAAUGAGCCUUACUCAUUUAGUAUCAAUGGCUAUAAUGGUGGUACAUUUGCCCCCGGUCGAUGUUCUAAGUAUAUGGGGAACUGCACUGCUGGUGACUCUUCCACAGAGCCCUAUCUUGUGGCUCAUCACUUGCUUCUUUCUCAUGCUAGUGCUGUUCAAUUGUACAAGGCAAAAUAUCAGGCUAUUCAAAAGGGACAAAUCGGCAUCACAUUAGUGACCAACUGGUUUAUACCAAAGUCACCAGCAUCAGAGGCUGACAGGAAAGCAGCCAUGAGAGAAGUUGAUUUUUUGUUCGGUUGGUUUGCCCAUCCCAUUACAUAUGGAGAUUAUCCUGAGACAAUGAAAACUUACGUGGGAAAUCGAUUGCCGAAGUUCACAAUAGAACAAUCCGAAUUGCUGAAAGGGUCUCUGGAUUAUAUGGGAGUAAAUUAUUACACCACAAACUUCGUAGCAAACAACCCAACCACCACUUCCAAUCAUAGCUGGACCACUGAUAGCCAGACCAUUCUCUCCGUCACGAAAGCUGGAGUUCCUAUCGGUACACCGACACCGUUGAAUUGGCUAUACGUCUAACCAAAGGGAAUUUACUAUCUCAUGCUUCAUGUUAGGGAUAAGUACAAGAAUCCGCCCAUUUUCAUCACAGAGAAUGGACUUGCCGAUGCGAAUAACGCAUCAAUAUCAAUUGAAGAAGCUCGCAAGGAUGGCUUGAGGAUUAGAUACUUCCACUCCCAUUUGACAUAUCUCUUACAAGCAAUCAAGGAGGGAGCUAAUGUGAAGGGAUAUUAUGCAUGGUCAUUUAUGGACGACUUUGAAUGGGAUGCUGGAUUUACCGUUCGAUUUGGCAUGAUUUAUGUUGACUACAAGAACAAGUUGAAGAGAUAUAUGAAAUAUUCAGCUUACUGGUUCAAGAUGUUCCUUCUGCACUAAGUGGUGAUUCACCCUGGCCAUCUAUCUCUACCUCUCUGUUUUGUUUUCUUCUUCUUCGCUACGAGGGUGUGAGGAUAGCAAGUGAGAGUUUGUUUUUGAGGCCAAUCCAUCAAUUCUGUUUCUCUCUUUGAGUUAUGUUGCGUAUGUUUAAAUGAUGGCCAGGUUUUGCUCCAUGUAGUUGGGCUUUUAUUUAAUAAUGAAAAUAUGUCUCUUCACUUGUUACUUGUA